CAAAAAAUGUUGCUGUUGUAUCAAUUCGUUGUCCUCAAUAUAUUCUUCUUCAAUCUGGUCACAACUUUUCCUUUCGGCAACAACAACGACGUUGGAAGUCAGGGACGAAGGAUUGAGAAACGGGAUAUCAAUUAUUCGUUUUUGACACAUACAGGCCUGCCUGAAACUGCUGGGUUUUGGAUGUAUAUGGCUAUCUGCGCGUUGAUCUACUUGAUAAUAACCGCUUUUGCCUAUACAAUCACCAGCAUCUUCUGCCGUCCAAAGAAGGAAGAAUAUCCGGUCCGUGAAGAGAAGGUAAAGAGUUCGACUGCUGUUGAUGUUAGAUCGAGAGCUGAUAACACAACUUCUGCUUCGCUAGAAGUGAAAAUCGACACGCAAUCGGCUGGCGACUAUUCUUCGUAUUCUUCUGCUGGCCGUCCUCCUUCGUCUCUAAUAUCAGGCAGCGAAAGAGAGCAAGAUGAACUGCGCAAAAUGCGUACAAAAAUGAAAACAGCGAAAGGAGAAUUUAUUUCUGCUCGGCAUAGUACUUCUGAAUUGCAAUUGGUUGAAGAAUUGAAUGCUGAAUUGAAAGCAUCAGCAACUGGUAGUAGUAGUGUAAAGACUGCAAAAACUUCCAAAUCGAGGGCGGCGACAAAAUCGAGUACGGAAAGUAAAGGAACUACAAGUACAUCAACUUCUGGAGAGGAGGAGGAAGAAGAAACUUCUACGAGUGGAUCAUCUUCAGAAAAAAGCGAAAGCGAUGAAGUCUAUAACUUGGAUGGCCAUAACGCUGAACCUUCGAAAUUUGGAAGCGGAAGUGAAAGCGAUUCUAAUGAAUUGUCUAAGUAG